GUUGGAUAGAGGUGUUGCUGUUGCUGUUGCUGUUGCUUUGAUCGUUCACCAUGUCGCAGACUGUUGGAAAGACCCGCCUCGCCUUCUCGCGCACAUGGCACCGCGUCGACGUCAGCGCCGACCAGCGCACCCUCGGCCGGCUCGCCUCCUCCAUCGCCCUCGUCCUGAUGGGCAAGAACAAGCCCAUCUAUGACCCCUCCACCGACUGCGGCGACUACGUCGUCGCCCUGGGCUGCCACGACCUCCGCACCACCGGCAACAAGCGCGCCCAGAAGAAGUACUACACCCACAACACCCGCCCCGGCAGCCUCAAGAGCAUGACCAUGGACCAGAUGUUCGAGAAAUGGGGCGGCGGUGAGGUCCUGCGUCGUGCCGUCCGCGGCAUGUUGCCCAAGAAUCGUCUGCGGGAUAAGCGCUUGGCCAGGUUGAAGACUUUCGAAGGUCUCGCGCACCCCUACAAGCUGAACCUCGUCAAGUUCAACGGCGAGACCGUCAUCGGUGGCAUGCCUCAGGUCCAGCAGGCGUUUGAGACGGCCAAGUCCGAGGCUGCGGCCCCGGCUAAGCCUGAGGCGUCCGCUUGAAGACAGUGCCGUCUUUCUUAAAAAUUAUCGUUGCUUGAUCGGAUCGAUACCAUUGCGGGUACUCUCUAUCUCUCUGUAUUUUUACAUGUCAUUGAUAUUGUCUGUCAUGUUAUAUGACUUGCUAGCGCAUGGGUGGGAGUUUGUGAAUUUCUUUUUCUCUCUGUCUGAUAUAUGUGUCUGUUGAUAUUAUAAACCAGUUUCUGAAACAGUUGCUAGACGAAAGGCUGUGGCUGUGGCUGUUGUCUAUGGGUGGUGGUGGUUGUGGUGGUUGUCUUGCAUCACGUGUUUUGGACUAUGUGUCUGCACUAUGUGUCUUACACCAUGUCUUAUGUGUCUUGCACUACGCAGGUACAACCCUUGUCUCGUGUAUCAUAACCAGUCAAUGAUGCUAUACCCUAUCCUAGAGACCUAUAUACAGUGUGCCCUGAACUCCAUGUCGUGUAUCCAUCCAUCGCCAAAUCACGCUACA